AUGGCAUCACACGGAUUUUGGGGUCUUGGCGCGCCAGAGAAUGCUGGUGAUAAUACCAGUAACCAAAGCCCCACUACGCCCAGGGCAUGGUGCCAGGCGGCGGCCCAAAAACUACCUGGAGGCAUUGGAUCGAAACUGUGUGCUCUACUCAGUGUUGCUGGAGAGGGCGAGAAAACACCUGAGCCGACAUCCACCAAACUGGAUGAGACAACGGUUGGGACCUGCGGAUGCAACAAACCGUGCAAUUGUCUGAAGGCGACUGAGGCGACUCUCGGUUUCUCAGAUCUAUAUUCAACAGAUCUACUACCCGCGUUGGAUGGUGACUUGAAGACAAUGACUUUUCUCCAAGAAGUUGUGGAUAUUUUGCUGGCAUAUAUCACGGAAUCGUUUGAUAGGGAAACGAAAGUCAUUGAUUUCCACUAUCCCAAUGAAUUGCUUCAGAGAAACAACUGGGAACUGCAGGAUGAGCCAGAAACACUGGAUGAUAUUUUGAUAAGCUGUCGUGCAACUCUGAAAUACGCUAUCAAAACAGCCCACCCCAGAUACUUCAAUCAGCUCUCUACAGGAUUAGAUAUGGUUGGUCUUGCAGCUGAUUGGCUAACGUCCACCGCAAACACCAACAUGUUCACCUAUGAGGUGGCUCCAGUGUUCGUGCUGCUGGAAUACGUCACUUUGAAGAAAAUGAGGGAGAUCAUUGGCUGGGAGGAUGGCCGAGGGGAUGGAAUCUUCUCUCCCGGUGGUGCCAUUUCCAAUAUGUAUGCCAUGCUGCUGGCUCGCUUCAAGAUGUUUCCUGAAGUGAAGGAGAAAGGAAUGUCAUCAGUCCCCAGACUGGCAGCCUUCACAUCCGAGCAUAGUCAUUUCUCAAUCAAGAAAGGAGCAGCAGCCCUCGGCAUUGGUACAGAGAGUGUCAUCUGCAUCAAAGCAGAUGAGAGUGGUAAAAUGAUACCAGCUGACCUUGAAAGGAAAAUACUGGAAGCCAAGCAGAAGGGAUUUGUGCCAUUCUUUGUGAGUGCGACGGCUGGCACCACAGUCUACGGAGCCUUUGACCCCCUCAUUGCCAUCUCAGAUAUCUGUAAGAAGUACCAAGUCUGGUUUCACGUGGAUGGUGCGUGGGGAGGCAGUCUCAUCAUGUCCAGGAAGCACAAGUGGAAGCUAGAUGGAGUUGAGAGGGCCAAUUCAGUGACAUGGAACCCUCACAAGAUGAUGGCAGUCCCACUGCAGUGCUCAGCCCUGCUGGUCCGGGAGGAGGGGCUGAUGCAAAACUGCAACCAGAUGCACGCCUGCUACCUGUUCCAGCAGGAUAAGCACUACGACCUGUCCUACGACACUGGGGACAAGGCCUUGCAGUGUGGACGUCAUGUGGACAUCUUCAAGCUCUGGCUCAUGUGGAGAGCUAAGGGCACCAUCGGGUUCGAGGCUCAGAUUGACAAGUGUCUGGAGCUUUCGGAGUACCUGUACAACAAGAUCAAGGGCAGGGAAGGAUAUGAGAUGGUCUUCAAUGGAAAGCCUCAACACACCAACGUGUGUUUCUGGUACCUCCCUCCUGGCAUGCGGUACCUGGAGGACAAAGAGGAGAAAAAGAAGCGCCUGCACAAGGUGGCUCCAGUGAUCAAGGCCAGGAUGAUGGAGUAUGGGACAACCAUGGUCAGCUACCAACCACAGGGGGACAAGGUCAACUUCUUCCGCAUGGUCAUCUCCAACCCCGCGGCCACCUUUGAGGACAUCGACUUUCUUAUCGAGGAAAUCGAGCGGCUCGGUCAGGAUCUAUAA